CGUCCGAUAGCGGGCGGCAGAGGCUGGGCGGGGCUCCCGGCGCUCACGGGACGGUGCCGCCCUCCGAUCGCUACACCGCUUCUCUUCGGACCGUUAACCUCGAAUGAGGAACAAGCCGGGAGGGAAGGGAGGGGCUGCGGCGGCGCGGGCAAAGCCCGCCGGGCCCGGGGCCGGGAACGGCGAGGUCACGUAACGGCUACUCUGGCGUCUGGCCAGGGAAGGGGCGCCCUCCCCGGCAGCCAGAGCCCGCCUGCGCUUGCUGCGGCUCGGAAACAGUUACCAGCUUGUAAACAACAGCUGCGCGCGCACCCCGCAUCAGCUGGCGCCGGGAUCCCGCACCUGCGAAGUCCGUCCCUCAGCCGCGCCGCCCACUCCUAAUCAGCCAGGGCCAGCCCGCGAGGCCGUCUCCUCUUCUGCUAGGACCCGAAGGAAGAACCUCGAGGGGCUAACCAGUACCAGCGACCUGGUAGGGGAGAAAGCGUCUCCGGUCAAAGGGUUGACCGGUCCUGUCAAACGCAGGAGAAACCCAGAAAGCGGAUCGUGGCUUCAGUGGAGUAGCAACGACCUGCCACGACCCUGAACUGCAGUCCGAGUUGUCGCGAUCCGCUAGCCGCCUCCUCCCAGAUCCCAGGGACCUUUCUGCCAGAAAACCAGGCGGGCGGGCCACCCCCGUAGACCUCUCGGAGACAGGAAUCUGCUCUGCCCCUGUAUCCUCCUCUGCUCACCCUUCUGUCCUCAUUCUCCGUACAUUAGUGUGGGAUAUUUUUCUCGUUAUGCAUGCGCACCUCUCCCACAAGAUCAAAGUGGAUUAUCGGCCUCAAAAACCUCGGGUGGCUGUACACACACCUCCCAGCCAGACCUGUGAGGUAUUCACCUGAUAUACAACAGGUGGCCGGGUGUACACCGUUUCGCAAUCUGAUCUGCGCUAUAUUUGCAUGAUAAGGGUGGGCCCGCGCGCACUUUGCUCAACUAGAACCGUGGGACAUUUACUAGAUAAAGGACUAACUACCUCGGCCGAAACCGGGGGGUCGAGAGGAGAAAGGCGAACUCGUAAGACCAUGGCACUGAGCCCGCGGCCCUGGAUCAGGAGAGAUAGCUAGAAAGCUCUUCAUUCUGAAGGAACGAAGUUACAGGAGAUAGGCACCGUUUUGUUUUGUUUUUUCUUAAAUAUUUUUCAGCUACUGGUAGUGCACUCUCUAGGACACUGCUUGAAUUCUGAAUAUAAGGAUUCUUAUUUGGGGCUGUUUGUGUGGUGUAAAUCAAGAUAAUUAAGUUUUUUUUAAGUUUUCUAUUUUUGCGAUCAAAAGCAGCUAGCGUAGGAGGAAAGAUUUUGCGGGGUUUUUCUUUGCCCUUAUAAAGGAAAAGAAAAAUGCAUCCUCCAGAAACCACCACCAAGAUGGCUUCUGUUCGGUUCAUGGUGACACCAACAAAGAUCGAUGAUAUUCCAGGGAUGUCAGACACCAGCCCGGACCUCAGCUCCCGAUCCAGUUCCCGGGUAAGGUUUAGCUCCCGGGAAAGUGUGCCUGAAACAAGCCGUAGUGAGCCAAUGAGUGAGAUGUCUGGAGCCACCACUUCACUGGCCACUGUUGCACUGGAUCCAGCCAGUGACAGGACUUCUAACCCCCAGGAUGUUACAGAGGACCCGAGUCAGAACUCCAUCACAGGGGAACACAGCCAGCUGUUAGAUGAUGGGCAUAGGAAAGCUCGAAAUGCGUAUCUCAAUAAUUCCAAUUAUGAAGAAGGAGAUGAAUAUUUUGAUAAAAACUUGGCACUCUUUGAGGAAGAAAUGGACACCAGACCAAAGGUGUCUUCUCUCCUCAAUCGCAUGGCCAAUUACACUAAUCUGACUCAAGGAGCAAAGGAACAUGAAGAGGCAGAGAACAUCACUGAAGGGAAAAAGAAGCCCACCAAGACCCCCCAAAUGGGUACCUUCAUGGGUGUCUACCUCCCGUGUCUACAAAAUAUUUUUGGAGUGAUACUGUUUCUGCGCCUUACAUGGGUAGUGGGCACAGCUGGAGUUCUGCAGUCCUUUGCAAUUGUCCUUAUCUGCUGCUGUUGUACAAUGUUGACUGCCAUCUCCAUGAGUGCCAUUGCGACCAAUGGGGUGGUGCCAGCUGGAGGCUCAUACUUUAUGAUUUCCCGAGCACUGGGCCCAGAGUUUGGUGGGGCUGUUGGCCUCUGCUUUUAUCUUGGUACCACAUUUGCAGCAGCUAUGUAUAUCCUUGGUGCCAUUGAAAUUUUUUUGGUAUAUAUUGUCCCCCGGGCUGCCAUCUUUCGUAGUGAUGAUGCAUUCAAGGAGUCAGCAGCCAUGCUAAAUAACAUGCGUGUCUAUGGCACAGCCUUCUUGGUCCUCAUGGUAUUGGUGGUAUUCAUCGGCGUACGCUAUGUGAACAAGUUUGCCUCACUCUUUCUGGCCUGUGUCAUUGUGUCCAUCUUGGCCAUCUAUGCUGGAGCCAUUAAGUCGUCUUUUGCCCCUCCACACUUCCCGGUCUGCAUGCUGGGUAACCGCACCCUUUCAUCAAGACACAUUGACAUUUGCUCUAAGACCAAGGAAAUGAACAACAUGACAGUGCCAUCAAAGUUAUGGGGCUUCUUCUGUAACUCAAGUCAGUUUUUCAAUGCCACCUGUGACGAAUACUUUGUUCACAAUAAUGUCACUUCAAUCCAGGGCAUUCCUGGAUUGGCUAGUGGUGUCAUUACGGAGAAUCUUUGGAGUAAUUAUCUACCAAAGGGAGAGAUCCUUGAAAAGCCUUCAGCCAAAUCUUCUGAUGUUUUAGGGAGCUUAAAUCAUGAGUAUGUCCUUGUUGACAUAACCACCUCCUUCACUCUUCUGGUGGGGAUCUUCUUUCCCUCUGUCACAGGUAUCAUGGCUGGAUCAAACAGAUCUGGAGAUCUGAAAGAUGCUCAAAAGUCGAUUCCCAUUGGCACUAUCCUUGCCAUUCUGACCACCUCCUUUGUCUAUUUAAGUAAUGUUGUCCUCUUUGGCGCAUGUAUUGAAGGCGUUGUUCUCAGAGACAAGUUUGGGGAUGCUGUGAAAGGUAAUCUGGUGGUGGGUACCUUAUCUUGGCCGUCCCCGUGGGUGAUUGUCAUUGGCUCCUUCUUCUCAACCUGUGGGGCUGGACUUCAGAGCCUCACAGGUGCACCGCGGCUCCUACAGGCAAUCGCCAAGGAUAACAUCAUACCCUUCCUGAGGGUGUUUGGUCACAGCAAAGCCAAUGGGGAGCCUACGUGGGCUUUACUUCUGACUGCAGCCAUUGCAGAGCUGGGAAUCCUUAUCGCCUCCCUGGAUCUGGUGGCCCCAAUUCUCUCCAUGUUUUUUCUCAUGUGUUACCUCUUUGUGAACUUGGCUUGUGCCUUGCAAACAUUACUUCGAACACCCAACUGGAGACCCCGGUUCCGCUACUACCACUGGGCCCUUUCUUUCAUGGGAAUGAGUAUCUGUCUGGCUCUGAUGUUCAUUUCUUCCUGGUAUUAUGCCAUCGUAGCUAUGGUAAUAGCUGGUAUGAUCUACAAGUAUAUCGAGUACCAAGGAGCUGAGAAAGAAUGGGGUGAUGGUAUCCGUGGGCUGUCCCUGAGUGCAGCCCGAUUUGCUUUGCUUCGGCUGGAGGAAGGACCUCCACAUACUAAAAACUGGAGGCCUCAGUUGCUCGUGUUGCUGAAACUAGAUGAAGACUUACACGUCAAGCAUCCUCGCCUCCUCACCUUUGCUUCGCAGCUUAAAGCAGGAAAGGGUCUCACAAUCGUGGGUUCCGUUAUUGUGGGGAACUUCCUGGAGAACUAUGGGGAAGCUUUAGCUGCUGAGCAGACCAUAAAGCACCUAAUGGAGGCAGAGAAGGUGAAGGGAUUCUGCCAGCUGGUGGUCGCUGCCAAACUGAAAGAGGGCAUUUCCCACCUCAUCCAGUCAUGUGGCCUUGGGGGCAUGAAGCACAACACGGUGGUGAUGGGAUGGCCUAAUGGCUGGCGUCAGAGUGAAGAUGCUCGAGCUUGGAAGACUUUUAUUGGCACAGUGCGAGUGACAACUGCUGCCCACCUGGCCCUGCUGGUGGCAAAGAACAUCUCCUUCUUCCCCAGUAACGUGGAGCAGUUCUCUGAGGGCCACAUUGACGUGUGGUGGAUUGUGCACGACGGGGGGAUGCUCAUGCUGUUACCAUUCCUGCUCAAACAGCACAAGGUGUGGCGAAAAUGCAACAUACGGAUUUUCACAGUAGCCCAACUAGAGGACAACAGUAUUCAGAUGAAGAAGGACCUGGCCACCUUCCUGUAUCACCUGCGCAUUGAGGCAGAGGUGGAAGUGGUGGAGAUGCAUGACAGUGACAUAUCAGCUUAUACUUAUGAACGUACUCUGAUGAUGGAGCAAAGGUCCCAGAUGCUCCGGCACAUGCGACUGUCCAAAACAGAGCGGGACAGAGAGGCACAGCUGGUGAAAGACCGGAACUCGAUGCUAAGAUUGACCAGCAUUGGCUCUGAUGAAGAUGAAGAGACAGAAACCUAUCAGGAGAAGGUGCACAUGACUUGGACGAAAGACAAGUAUAUGGCAUCCCGGGGGCAGAAAGCCAAGUCAAUGGAAGGAUUCCAGGACCUGCUUAAUAUGCGUCCGGAUCAGUCCAAUGUGAGGCGAAUGCAUACAGCAGUGAAACUCAACGAGGUUAUAGUUAACAAGUCCCAUGAAGCAAAACUGGUUUUGUUGAAUAUGCCAGGGCCACCCCGAAACCCUGAGGGUGAUGAAAACUACAUGGAGUUCCUAGAAGUGCUCACCGAGGGGCUGGAGCGCGUCCUCCUUGUCCGCGGUGGUGGCAGUGAAGUGAUCACCAUUUAUUCCUAAUCUACUCCUUAAUGACUCUGCUUGGCUUCAUCUUUCCGAAAAGGCUUCCAUCCUCCAUGGAAGUGCCGGCUCUUUACUCCCACCCAUCAACUAGAGGCCUGUGUUCUGUGCACAGCACACUGAACUCUUGACGAGCUGAGCCUCAAGUACUUGUGUGAAAAAGUACAAAUAGAUCUGCACUUUGCUCCCAUAUGAUCUGCUAUCCUCACAGAAGAAGCAAAUAUUCCCUCAGCAUCAGAACAAUGGGCAAGUCCUAAAGCCAUGUCUAUACCAGCUGAAAGCAAUUAACAAGGUACACCAACCAGUCAAAUGAAUAGGCAGAAAGGAUUAGAAAUUCAACUGAAGACAAAAGGCAAGUAUAUAUCCAGCAUUAAAGAUGAGUCUCGGAAGUCAUGGUUCAUUGAUGACACCAUUAAGUCAGUCAGAGAAACAGCCGCAUCAUACGAAGGAAUUCAUGGCCAGUAUAUGGGGAUCUGACAUUCUGGUGAAGAUAACCUAUAGCAAGCCAAGAAGAAAACCUUUCUAAGCUAGUUUUCUUGAGUGUAUUCACUGUUCUCCACGACUCUAACUUUAUGUUAGGGUACUAAUAUGCAAAAACUGAAAUACGGCUGCUUCUUCCUCCAAAACGAGCUUUUCCCCAAAAUACCAGGUUUAAGUACACAUACUGCGUUGGUGUUUAUUUCAGUUGUUUCUCAAAACCCACUCUGUGGUUAAGACUUUAAUACAGGGAGUGUUACCAUGGAAAUUGUUUUUAAAAGUGGAGUAAAAGUUAUUUUUUCCAGGUUCUUUUCAAAUAACCAAACUAAGGAAACUCCAAAAGUUGGCUCUUGAGAUUUACUGAUAGUCUGGUUACCUACGUGACAUGGGCAAACAUACAAGCUGUUACCUGCUAGAGAUGAUGAUGCACAUAGACCAGUAGGUUCACAUUUCCUUCUCCCUUUUAUGCCCUCUGGGUUAGUAGGCACGGGUCAACAACCAUAGGAACAGCAGGAAGACUAGCUAAAAUCCUUCCCUAAAGGGUUUCUACUAUCUUUCUAAGGGGGGAUCCAACAAUGAAAUUGGAAGUUCUAGAGCCAUAUUCCUUCCGUAGUGCCAAAGGUAUUGAGCUGCUGGUACUCUGCUUACCUACUUCACCGAGUGGCAUGCAAUUGGCACUGGCCUGAUUCAAGAAACUUUUUUCACUAAGAACCCUGUAGACUCAUUUCUAAAGCCAUAGUGAAGAUCUGAGGCACUUACCUAAAUGCCCAGACUUGAGAACUUUCAAUUUUACUCUUCAUUCUGACUGCAGAAAGUUGGCUUUAAACCAAGAUUACCCAAGCCAAGUCUUCUGCUGUUGCAGUUUUAGCUCUAAAUGUGUCAAGGAAAUACUUGUGCAAACUUAACUUUUUAUUUGCUGAUUCACUGAUCACAUAACACCUGGCUUUCAAGCAUAGGGAAAUGACCCAGUGUGACUGAAUGGUAAUUUCAGAUAUAGGAAAUCUUCCUUUCUUUCACAGGAUACGUUAUUUAGAGAAACUAUCUUGCCUGUAGUCAUGUCUGCUUUUGAGUCUUACUAUAUUAAUGAUAAAUAGUGCCCCUUUUUUGAUUAUCCAACAGGUUAUGGAGCAAGCUGACUUAGGUGCCAGGAGACUAUUCAUUUGACCCUACAGAGGAGAAAACCCUUCAAUGUGGCUUAAGAAACUGAGUCAUUUCAAUUUGUUCCCUUUGCUUUUUCCACCUCCAGGCCCAGUCAGGGUAACAAAGCAGACAGAAUGUUUUUCAUUCUGCUCCUUCCUGCAGAGGGUAGAAGCAUUGUUUACAACUUGCAUUGCAACACUCCAUUGCUUAGUUGAGUCUAGCAGUAGUGGGACAGGUCCCCCAGGACCCAAGAUAUUAAACAUCCAUGCUCUCAAGGUUGGCCUGCCCAGGAUUUCCUCCGCAUAUACACACUCUCUGGCCAAAGUCAUAUAUAUAUUUUUCCAUAUAGAAAAAAUAUGGGCAGAAAUUAAGGUUAAUUUUAAAAGAGCUUUUUGUGAUUGGAGCUCCUUAAGAAUCUCUUAAAGGAAUAAGGGAAUUAGUGGCUGGAUACUAUAUAGCCACUACUACAGCCUCUAAAACAGAAAAUCACUGUUAUGUGGGAAAAUGGUUAUUAGGCCAGAUUUAAACUCCUCUCUGUCUAGAGCAUUUCAUGUCUAUAUGCUGCUUAUGUUGUUUGUCUGCAGUGUCUUGUCUUUUUUAAUCACUGCAAAUAAAGCAAUACCGAAAACUUGGUAAGAAUGCACCUUAGGGGAAGGGAUUUUGUUUCAAGAAGGAAGAGAAAGGAAAGAUCUCCUCCUGUCUUUUGAGUAAGAUCCAGCUUUUAAGUCUGAGCUAUGACUUUACCAGGGCAGGGUAUAACAUGCAUUCUCUACUUGCUGGCCCUCUGCCUUCUAUAGCUGUCUUAAAAGCUGAAGUUUGAACUGCGAUAUCUGCUUGACAGGUACUAGGUUCCUCUUGGCAGGGGGAAGAUCACCACUUUGCAUCUUCCAUUGCCUCAGAUUCCUGUGGCCCCAACGAUUCCUCCAGUCCUCAUUCCCCCUAAACAUGUUUAAAGUCCAUUAUUGUGGAUAUUAAAGUAGUAUUGUGGAUAUUACACUGUAAGCAUAUUUAUGUGCUCUUUUUUGGUCUGCUUUAUUUCUUUUCAUCAUGUAUAAUCAGAAUCCAGCAUUAGUUUCUCACAUCUUCCACAAGUGUCUCCAACAGAAUCUUUACGUCCCAGCUUGUGUUAAAUAAAAGUGAAAUACUAAGGAAAGUAGAUUUAAGGGAAACUUGUACAACUUUUUUUAAGCAUUAUUCUCAGCCAUUUAAUUUAUUGAAAGGAGAUGCUGCUGUGGUUCUUGAUUUAGCAGCAACCAUUCUUUUGUUUACAUAGUUAUGGUUUUAUUUGUUGUUUUGCUCUAUACUGGAAACAUAAAUAAAGUUUUCUACAUUAUUUUCA